CGAGCCCGAAAACGGUCCCCCCCCCCUGGUUCUGCCCACCUACAACACUAUCGCAUAUCCCUCGCAUUACGCCGACGACCGACACAGCGAGACGAAUUACGGUCGACGGGCGAGUAGUUGGAAACGCCGGGCCAUCCGCACACACGGGCGGGCGACCGAACGAAACGGAACAAAGUCGGCGGACGAAAAGAACACCAGGCAUACGGCGACGACGACGACGACGCCUCACAUCACUCAUCCCUCGCGCGCGCGCGCACGAGCACGAGCAUCCCGCAAACGGCCGCUUCCUCCUCCACCCGCGUGGCGGGCAAAUACAGACCCUCGCGAUUCUAUCCACGCGGCAAACAUGCCUCCCAAGAAGCCCGUCAACUGGCGGCUAUGGACAAAGGUUCUAAUCGGCGGCGCGGCCGUCAGCAUCGGCGGACCGGCGCUCACGUGGUGGCUCACCCCGACCGAGGAGCAGCUGCGGGCGCGGUACAACCCGGACCUCCUCAAGCGGAGCAUCGAGCAGCGCGAGGAGCGCGAGCAAGAGUUUGACGAGUUUGUGACCAAGCUCAAGGAGUACUCCCGGUCGGACAAGCCCAUCUGGAUCGUGGUCAAGGAGGAGGAGGAACGGAAAAAACAGGCGGCACUUCGGGCGGGCAAGGCGCAGCAGCGGGAGGCCGAGGCGCAGAGAGAGGAGAUGCGGCGCGAGGCCGGCCUGGGGUCAGCAAAGUAACGAGCGUGCGCGCGUGCGCGAAGGGGAAGGUGGCCCAUAUCGGAGGAGGAAGAGGAGCAUCACGACGGAGCUUUUUGGAUGGAUCCAUGGGAUUUGUGAUUUGCCACUGUAACAUGUAUGUACAGUAUUGCAAGGUACGCUUUUCUUCUCGUUUCGAUUCCUAGGGGGAAGGACGGACGGACGGACGGACCCCUGUCCAGCGGAAAAUGUACAAUACUAUCGACGUCAGGACGUGCCCAAU